UCGGCCCGGCGGCAUGGCGGCGACGGCCACGGCGCUGGCGCUGGGCGGUGGGCUCCUCCUGGCUGCCUGGCGCUGGUUGCGGGGCGCGGCCCGGGCCGCCGUGGCCGGGGCCGGGGCCGGGGCCUCCAUGCGGGGCAAGACGGUGAUCAUCACGGGGGCCAACAGCGGGCUGGGCCGGGCGGCGGCGGCCGAGCUGCUGCGGAUGCAGGCCCGCGUUAUCAUGGGCUGCCGCGACCGGGCGCGGGCCGAGAGGGCGGCCCGGGAGAUCCGGGCCGAGCUGGGCGAGCGGGGCGAGGCGGAGGAGGGCGGCGGCGAGCUGGUGGUCCGUGAGCUGGACCUGGCCUCGCUCCGCUCCGUCCGCGCCUUCUGCCACCGCGUCCUCCAGGAAGAGCCAAGGCUGGAUGUUCUGAUAAAUAAUGCAGGGGUAUUCCAGUGUCCGUACAUGAAGACAGAGGAUGGGUUUGAGAUGCAGUUUGGUGUAAACCACUUGGGUCACUUCUUGCUCACCAACCUUCUUCUGGGCCUCCUCAAAAAUUCUGCUCCGAGCAGGAUUGUUGUAGUGUCCUCAAAGCUUUACAAAUACGGAGAGAUCAACUUUGAAGACUUGAACAGUGAAAUAAGUUACAAUAAAAGCUUUUGUUACAGUCGGAGUAAACUGGCUAACAUAUUAUUUGCAAGGGAGCUAGCCCGUCGGUUGGAAGGGACAGGAGUCACCGUCAAUUCACUUCACCCUGGGAUUGUCAGAACAAAUCUGGGGAGAUAUGUGAAUAUUCCUUUGCUGGCCAAACCCCUAUUCAACUUGGUGUCAUGGGCUUUCUUCAAAACGCCUCUGGAAGGGGCCCAAACUUCUAUUUAUUUGGCCUCUUCUCCUGAUGUCGAAGGCGUGUCAGGAAAAUAUUUUGGGGACUGCAAAGAGGAAGAACUUCUGCCCAAAGCCAUGGAUGACUUGGUUGCAAGAAAGUUGUGGGACAUCAGUGAAGUGAUGGUUGGCUUAUUGAAAUAAGUGCCAGGGGGUAUCUGCUAGGAGAAUGCAGAUGACUAUGCAAUACGUAUUUGCGACACUUUAAAUGCUGUGGGAAUACAGAUUACUUUGCUCGAUAAGUAUUAAAUAGAGGAGUGAUUUAUGCUGGAACUCUAUUUUGAAAUAAAGGACAGUCUUUAUUUAAUAAAGAUUAAGAAAAGCCUGAAAUAAAGUUUGAGGGUGUGAAUAUAAUUUCUGGUUAAAUCUGCUUGGAAACUCAUGUUUAAAAAAUAAAAAUUAAACAAAACUGUGUUUUGCAAUAUAUAUGCAUAUUUGUCAUGUUCCACUACUUGUAGUUGGGAUGAACAAUGCAGGGUACUGAUGGUGAAACACUUGUCCUGUAAAAAGGUUUUGAAAAUAGAUCCUAAUAAUAAUAAUUAUAGGAUUGUGAUUUUUUUUUUGAGUCAUCACAAUGAAAAGUGGAAUGAGCAGUUUUACUGAUACCUUACACUGUAACCAUUGAGGCCUCUGAGUGCUGUUCAGAGACUUGUCAGCCCCAUGGUUCAGUGAACAAAGCUUUGAGCCGUUUACAGUCUAGCUGUGAAGCACAAAGUCAACGUUUUCGAGUGGUGUUGCUGCUAUUCAGUGAGUAAAUACACUUGGUUGUGCAAGCUGUAUUUUUAUUUUCAUGUGUACUGAACUUGCUAUUUCUUGAUAUGCAGACACCUUGGGUUUCAUUAAAAAUGUGGUUGACAGAUGUAUUAUGAUUUUGGUAGGGCUUUGCAUGUCAGGAAUUGUGUGCAGACAAAGUUCACAAGACCUCACCCAGAUUAGACUGAAGAGAAUAUGCUUUUCAGUAUGUGUUUGGCUUGACUGAUGGCACUUUAACUAAGUAAUAGGAUUAGCUAAGUCUGGCUAAUGCAGCUUACUGAAUAUUCUUUAAUAAAAAUCUUUUAAAAA